AUGGCGCAGGUCGGAGCUAAUAUGGAAUACCAGGAGUAUAAGUGGGCUUACUCAAUCAUGGACUCCUCCAAGGUAUCGGCGUGUUUGAUCUCGAUGCUGCUGAUUGUGUACGGCAGCUUUCGGUCGCUGAAUAUGGAACGCGAGGCGAGGGAGCGAGCUGAGAGGGAGAGGGAAGCCACGCUGCUUGGCGGGAAACCUGCUACUACCAGCUCCAGUUCUAAUUCUAAUGUUCAAACUCUGAACACGAUGCAAGCGCUGUGCUUCCCCCUCGGUUCCUCAGUCGCUCUGCUCAUCAUGUUCUUUUUCUUCGACUCCAUGCAGACGCUGGUGGCGAUAUGCACUGCAAUAAUAGCAUGCGCGGCGCUGGCGUUCCUGCUGACGCCGCUGUGCCAGUACGUGGCGGGCGGCGCGCGCGGCGCGGUAUGUGGCCGGUACUCGGCUCCAGAGCUGGCCGCCGCGCUGCUGGCCGCUGCCAUCGUUGCCGUCUGGGUGCUCACCGGGCACUGGCUGCUCAUGGACGCGAUGGGUAUGGGCCUGUGCGUGACGUUCAUCGCUCUAAUCCGGCUGCCCUCACUGAAGGUGUCCACCCUACUACUCACCGGCCUUCUGCUGUACGACGUCUUCUGGGUCUUCUUCUCCUCUUACAUAUUCACCACCAACGUCAUGGUCAAAGUUGCUACCAGGCCGGCAGAGAAUCCGAUGAACGUAGUAGCGCGGCGGCUGCAGCUGGGCGGCGCAAUGCGUGACGCGCCGAAGCUGUCGCUGCCCGCCAAGCUCGUGUUCCCAUCCAUGCACCACCAAGGACAUUUCUCCAUGCUCGGUCUCGGCGACAUCGUGAUGCCUGGUCUACUGCUGUGCUUUGUGCUGCGAUACGACGCGUAUAAGAAGGCUACACUCGUUUGUCAAAUGGGACAAGUUCCUGGCCCUAGAUCUAUGGGUUCCCGGCUGACGUACUUCCACUGUUCCUUGCUGGGCUACUUCCUGGGCCUGCUGACGGCGACGGUGUCGGCCGAGGUGUUCAAGGCGGCGCAGCCGGCGCUGCUCUACCUCGUGCCCUUCACACUGCUGCCGCUGCUCACCAUGGCUUAUGUUAAAGGAGAUCUCAGAAGAAUGUGGAGUGAACCGUUCAUAGCUCCGCCUACCGGCAAGUCGGGCGCAGACUUCGACGUGUGA